AUGAACUCGAAAGCGCAGAAAGCAGUCCAGCAAUCGCUGGACAGUGUCACGAAAGACCCUUCCACUGGCAUCGCUGGUAUAGUCCUCGUAGCAGUCGAUAAGAAUGGCGACCAGAUCUGUGCAUGUCCGUCUGGCAAGCGAGGCCUGAACAGAGACGAGCCAAUGACCAUGGAUACCGUGUUCUGGAUCGCUUCCUGUACGAAGUUGAUCUGCACAAUCGCCUGCAUGCAAGCCGUGGAACAGGGGCAGUUGAGGUUGGACGAUGCUCAGCAGGUGCAUUAUUUGUGCCCUGAGCUCAACCAGAAGAACGUCCUUCGGGAUGAUGGGACUCUUGAAGAUCGCAAGAGAGAUAUUACGUUACGUAUGCUCCUGUCACAUACCUCUGGGUUUGGAUAUGAGUUCUUCAAUGAGAAGCUCCGCGAGUAUGGUCGACCGGUCGGAUAUGAUGUGUUUCAUGCUGAUAUCCGAGACGUCCUGCGAAUGCCGCUGGUUAAACAGCCAGGAGAAGGUUGGGAAUAUGGGACGGGUAUCGACUGGGCUGGCAUCGUUCUGGAGCGAGCUACUGGCGUUCGUCUGAACGAUUGGAUCCAGAACAACAUUAUGGAGCCGCUGGGACUCAAGGCCGUCAACAUAGCCAUCCUCGCGGAGACUCGCGAAGACCGGGAACGCUUGUUCCAUAGCGGUGGCGCUGGAUGUUUCGCGAAGCCGGCUGAGUACGUCCAGAUCUUGGCGGCUUUGCUCAACGAUGGAAAGAGCCCCAUUACCGGAGAGCGUAUCCUGCAGGGAGACACGGUUAACAUGAUGUGGGAGAAUCAAGUCUCAGACAUGCCUGACUUUGCUCGCCAGGGGAUACCCGACGCAAAGAGAGAGCAUACGAAUCCCACUCCAGAGCUGUAUCCACAGGAGGGCAAUCCACCGCAAGGCUGGGGACUGAGCUUCAUGUUGACGCAAGAGCCUGGAGCGACUGGCCGAGGCAGAAACACUGCAUGGUGGGCUGGGAUCGCGAAUCUGUUUUGGUGGUGUGACCGAGAGAAAGGAGUCGCUGGCAUGAUUGCGAGCCAGAUCAUGCCGUUCCUCGACCCGAACAUUCUUGGGCAAUGGGUGGCUUGCGAGUCGGCGGUGUAUGCGUCUGUUUGA